CCGAGGGGUGGCCAUGUGUUCCACCGGCACGCUCAGCAUCCUGCGCAGCGACUCCUACGUUGACCUCAGCCAGUACCGGGACCAGCACUUCCGGGGGACGCGGUACGACCAGGAGCGACUGCUUAGGAAGAGCUGCACGCUGUACGUGGGGAACCUUUCGUUCUACACCACAGAGGAGCAGAUCCACGAGCUCUUCGGCAAGAGCGGCGACAUCAAGAAGGUCAUUAUGGGGCUGGACAAAGUGAAGAAAACCGCCUGCGGCUUCUGUUUCGUGGAGUAUUAUGCAAGAGGAGACGCAGAAAACGCAAUGCGGUACAUCAAUGGAACCAGGCUCGAUGAUAGGAUCAUAAGGACAGACUGGGAUGCAGGAUUUAAGGAGGGUAGACAAUAUGGUCGUGGAAGAUCAGGGGGCCAGGUCCGAGACGAGUAUCGGCAAGACUAUGAUGCUGGAAGAGGUGGCUAUGGCAAAACUGUUCAGUGCCAGUGAAUGGCAAAUGACUCAUCAGCCUUACAGGAGAGCCCAAUCUGCAUUGUAAAGGCACAAAAUAGUUCUGUUGGAAACAAAUUUAUGUAGCUGCAGAUUCACAGAAACUACUCUCCUUGUUCCUGUGAUCGCACGGUACGUUGAGUAUUUGUUCUGCUCUAAUACCAGGAUCCAAAGCAUUGCAGAGCACAUUAAUACAGAGGACCUGGGGGCAAGGUUAUGCACAAUAGUGAGUGUGAGGCUUUGGUCUCUAAAUGCUGCUGUAACUACUGAACCCUACCAAGGUUUAAGGACAUGGUGCUUUGUUUCACUGGCAAAACUUGAUUGUUCUAACACUGGAUUUUGUUUACAUUGGUAGUACAGGGUGGGGAGCCGCAGUAAAGGAGGUUUGCUGUAUGUUUCAGAGAUGAAAGAAAAAGGCAGAGCCUGAAAAGGAAGUGGGAUUUCUAGGCAAUUGUUCCAGUGACUUGAAGUCUCUGGCAGAUUUUCUGGGAUUAGCAUCCUUUUCCACUGAUGCUGCCCAUAGCACACCUACAUGAAUAGCCACACUAAACCAGAUUGAGCCCAGGAAUCAUGAGGUGAGAAGCAGGCCUAGCAGAGAUCAGCAGAGAAUCCUUUGCAUUACGUUGUGAUUGCACAACGUUGCAUGAUUCAGAACCAUUUUGCUUUGUGGGCUAUAGAGAGCAGCAAAUACAAGAAAUACAGGAGCAGUUCUUUUCACAGUUGGGAGUAGAAGUAUUUUGCUUCUAUUUGGUAGUUCUCUACAGCCUUGGUAUUUGAGGAACAGUGUAUUUCCUGUGCAUACAAAAACGGCACGGGUUCUAUAGUUAGCCCUACAAAGAGGAUACCUGAUGAAUUGUGCAUAGUAAGAAAGUUGAUUCUCAAAGUUUCUCUGAGAGAUUUGAUUUCAGACAAAGGUAAAAAUAAAAUGGGACUUUUGGGGGGAGCCUUACUUUCCACAUAGAGAUUAUUAUUUACUCUCUGUUACAUGAUGGCAU